AUAAAGAUGUCAUUAGAGGAGAGGGAUCAAAUAGUCAAAGAAGUGGUUGAUCAAUUAGUUGGCCAAGUUGCUCAAGAAUCUCAGGAUAUAUUGAGGAAAGAGGUAGUAAAGAUAAAACCUCAGGAUGAUAAUGAAACAGCAGAGAAUAACUUAGAGCAUUCUUACAAUAGCCAACAAGAGAGGAAUGAGAGUUCUAAAUUGAUUGCAAGCCCUGGUAAUGAUGAUAGCCUCCUUCCAUGAUCAAAGACGUUUUGAAGAGAUGGAGAUAGGAGAAGCAUGCCGCUGAAAAUGAUCAAUGAAGAAAAUGCUAAAAAGAGCUUAUCUUACAAAGAGAAUGAUGUUUCUCACUCCCAAAUCUCAUUUGAUAAAUCAGGCAAACCUAUAGAGGAGUACUUAAGCAACUUGAGUGAGGAAGACAUUUCUCAGUAUGCAAGUCCUGUGAAGAAAGCUAUUUGAUCUAAUGAUGAUUCUAAUUCUACAAGAAAGGAAGAGAUCAAGCAGACUCAGAAACAAGAAGAAUCCUCAAAUACUUCAGGAUCUAAUCUUGUUUACGGAGGAGGAAAAUAUAUCUCCUACGGUGCCAAUAAAGUUGGAGUUUGCAUAAAUAAUGAUACAAUGAACUAUUUUGAACACCAAAAAGCACCUCAAAAUCAUGGGUAUCCACCAGGGAUGAAGACUAACUUCCCAAUGGGGAAUUACCAAAGAGGCUAUAAUGGUCAGAAUACGAAUAUGUAUAACCCAGGUGUUGGUAGAAUGAAUCCUCAUCAGAAUUACCAAAUGUAUAAUCAGCAAUAUCAGAAUAGGAAACCUCCAGUAAUCAAUACCAAGCAACAAGACAGUCGGAUUGAACACUACAGAUCAAUGAUAGAUGAUUUGAAGGAAGAAAAUAGGAGGCUAAAGGAAGCUAGAGAGGAAAUUUCAAAGCAUAAAGAUUUUUAUUACAAGAACAUCAUUUCAAGUCUCAAUAAUAUCAACGACCGAAAAGAGACUUUGAUAAAACAUCAAAGUGAGAUGAUUGAAACAUUGAGAAAAGGAAUGAGCUUCAGCUGACCCCCAGUUCGAGAAUCUAGAAAUGAUUUUACGAACUUUAAUACACCAGCAGAAGACGUAGGAUUCUGCAAUACUUCCUUUAACUUUUAGCAACAUGAAUAACACCAUUGAAAAGGCAGAUGAAUCUCCUGGUUUUUCUAUGCCUUCAUUUGAUGCAAGAAAUAAAGUAAAUCAGGCAAGAAGCAUGUCUGAGAGUCAAGGAUUUUCUCAUCCUCCCAAUGUAGAGGAUAUAAAAAUUCCUGCAUCAAUUGACGAAAGCAAACCUUCAGAAACCCCUAUGUUCGAUAAGCCAGAUAAAACUUCCUCUGCAUUAAAAGGCUUUGACUUAUUCAAAUCUGCAGGGAAGAAGAUCUCAAGUAAAUUCAAGCUUGGUGGGAAUGGGAAUACCAAUAAGCUUCAAAGUACUAAGAGGCUUCAUAAAUUUAUGAAAGAUUUAAACCAGGAGCUUGACGAUGACAAAAAGUUAUUAGAAGGUUUCAACAUCCCUACAGAGGAUAAAGAUGGAGAGUUGCAGUUUGGAAGCCCUCCUCCACUUCAAACUUCUACCGAGCCUGCUGAAAGCACAGAGGUACAAACUAAAGAACAAAAGACCAAUGUGAAGCAGAAUGAAGAAAAAGAUGUAGAAAUGACAGCAGAGAAUGAAGAAGUGAAAGCAGAGAGCGAAGAAAGCUUAACAAAAGAUGAGAAAAUUACAGAAAUGAAGCUGCCACAAACACAUUCUUUAGGAGCACCCCAGCUAAUUGAGAACAAGACCAGUGAGAAUGAUUCAAUAAUGGAGGUAGAUUGUCCAUCCGAGAUGCCUUUCUCUAUUGAAGAUAGCUCCAAACAAGAUUUAUGAAUAAUUGAAGAUUCUCCUCUAAAAGAUUUUGAGAAGGAGAAGCAAAAUAUGAAAGAAUACACAAUCGAGAACACUUUGCUAAGACUGAUAAAUUUAGAAGAGAAUCAAAGAGAAGCAAAUAUAUUCCCAAUGCUAGUCAGGAACAAAGGGAAGGAUAGCCCAAUGGGGAAGUAUAAGUUCUUGACCAAGAAAAUCACUGGAGCCUUACUUGAGUUUAAAGACAUAAAAAUAGACUGUCUGUGUAUCAGAGAUGAGAAAUACAGUACCACAAAUAUUAUCUGUAGUCUAUGUCAAAAUUCUGGAGCCCUAAAUUCAGAACAAAUUCAUAAGAUCCUUGGCAUCUUGUUGAAGAAGAAAUAUGAUAAGCAAGAUUUGUCAAAAGAGUUUUGAGAGAAAUGGACUCAUCAUCAUUUCAGAUUUGCCCUAUGGAAACUUAAAAGUUUUGAGAGAGCAAGCAAUGAAGAGCUAGAACUCUAUAACUUAGAAAAUAUCAUUUCAGACCUCCUUAAGAAAUAUGACUGGGAAUUUGAGCAGGGGAAUAGAUCAUUCUUUCAGAAAAUUAUUGAAAGCGAUGAGUCUCCUGCCCGAAAAGUUGUCUUACUGAUUGCAAAUAUUGAAGAAAUUGAAGAAGGCAAGUGUCUGUUAGAGCUCUAUGAUGGCAGAUAUUGUUUAUUUAGCGUCAUAAAAGAAAAUGAUACAUCAUACCUUGAGGAUAGCCCACAGAUAUAUCAACUUAUUAAGGAGAAGAAGCUUUAUGCUGGUCUGAAGAUUCAUGUUGCAUCUAGUGCAUUAACCUCUGAUGGAAUCGAUGAUGUUAUUGUUCAAAAGGAAGAUAUCAACUGUCCUCAUUAUUACUUGUCAAAACAGUGCAGUAAUAGUCUGAUUCUCAACUACAACUCUAUUUCUCGAGCAAGGAUUGAUGAGAAGCUAGGAUUCCAAAAGGACAAGUUUUUAACAAAGUGGCUCAAAGAUGUGAACCAGUUAUGUAGAACAGUUUCAAGAAUAAAUGUAUAUAUCACCAAGAUAUAUCCCUUAUAUCUUGUUCAUACUGUCAGUGAUACUAGGAAGGUUUUGAGAAGUUUUGACACUUUCCAGGAAAUCAAUGAAGAACUGGGUAAGAAAAUGACAGAAGAGUUAAAAACAUUGAAAUCAAGAGGUGCCACUGAAGAAGAAAUCAGGGAAAGACAAGAGGAGCUCCAAGGAAGCAAUCAGGAUAAGUUCAUGCUGUUCUUCAAGAUUAAAGUAGUAGAUGCCAUGUAUAAUGAAGAAAAGGUCAGCCUUAACAAACGAGAGACCAUUAUCACAGUAAUGGACACAACUAUAGAUAUGUACGACAGUCUCGAAAUUGGUGACAGAGUGAUCUUUUAUAAUCUCCUAACAGAUACCUUUAAGAAGAGUGGAGAAUUCAAGAACAAGUAUAUUGAAAGCAAACAGCUCUGACUUUCUUUCAAAUGAAAGAAAUCUCGUUAUGAUAUCUUGAGGCAUUAUGAUAUGACAUCAAAAGCAGAAAGACAGAUAGGACUAGAUAGAAUAGAACCUUUAGUCAACAUGGAGAAAUUAUUUGCCAUAUUUACUGACAUCUUUAAGAAAACUAAGAAAAUGGAAGCACAAGAGCGAACAAAAGCAAUUCUGAGUGAAUUUAAGCUACAGGAAGUCUCUUUUGUGGGACUCAUUCUCAGAAUUUCUUCAUCAAAUACAGAAUUCUCAUUUGGAUUGAAAUGUAUCAGGAAAGUGUACGUCUUACUGCCUAAUCAUCACUUGGUUAUUCUAAACAUAUGAGAUCCAAAUUUUUAUACUGAAAAGUCUUUCCCUUCAGAGAACACAGUGGCUAUAUUUGAAUCUGUAUACUUCGAGCAACUGGUAGAACUCAAUCUGUCAGAUCAGAAUGUAAAUUUUGUAGAGAUUCUGAAAUCUGAAAAAUGGAUGAACUCCAAAGCUUUGUACCAAGAUGACUCUGCUUUUGUGCUAAGCUUCAAUUCUUCCUGUCAAACCAAGGUUAUCAAAGAGAAGGCUGUAUUUGCAAAAUACUUGACAGAUGAGUUUUAUAAGAAAGAGAUAGAGACUCUUCAAAAGAUGAUAGAUAAUGAAGACCAUAUAAUCCUCAAGAGAUGAAAGGAAGUUGGAAUUAUCACUCAAAGCUCCCCACCUAUUUUUGAUCGUAGUAAAGCAAAGAAGCAAACUAAAACCCAUAAUUUGCACAAAGGUCUAACAGCUAUAAACGAGAACGCAUCAGAUCAAGGUAACCCACAUCCAAAAAUAUCACCCUACAUAACCCACUUAGAAAUCCCACCUCAAAAAUUCAACAUAAAAUUCACCUCCAAGUCCAAACCCGCCAAGCCAAAAUCCAAGAAAUUCCCGAACAAAAUUCAAAAAUCUACAAAAUUCAAGCCAAAGACCAAAAAGCGACAAAAAAUUCAUGAAGAAAAAGAAGUUGAAAUUCAGAUUGACCUGAACAAGGACUUGAAGAAGUCUGAAAGCCAGGCUGAUAAUGACUCUUCAGUGGAGAUCCAGGAACAUUUGUGUGUGACGCCGAAGAGAGGGAAGUUAGGGACAGAAGUAGGCAAGUGAAUGACUGUGGAUGAGAAGUCGUGUAGAGGGGAGAUUGAGUGGAGUAGUCAAGGCAAGGAAGAAGGGGAGACUGUGCAGUCAGCACCCUAUGAGAAGAUGAGGAGAGUGGUGAAGAAGAUACCGGUGAAGAGGAAGGAUAGGGGUAAGCAGAAUUUGGAAAUUGAGGAGGAGACGAUAAAUACUGCUAAAGCUACUAUUGAUAAUGAAAGCGUGCCGACUAGGAUAAGUGGGAGUAAUUGCAUGGAAGGUACAACUAGGAGUAGUACUAUAUUUUCUAAUAAUAAGAUUGAUCAAGAAGAUGAAGAAUCUAUUGAUUUUGAUAUAAGAGUAGAAUCUGAAACUCCUCAAGAGGAUGCCAUACAGUCAGAAGAAGCCUUAGAAGAAAAUAAAGAAGAAAACAAAUAAAUCCAAGAAAUCAAAGAAAACAAAGAAGAAACUCCGCAAAAGAGCUCGCAAAGAGGUUCAAAAAUCUGGAUCAGACAGCUCUGAAGCGGAAUACUUGCCAGAUAAAGGUUCUUCCUUCCGUAAGCGUAGUAGGAACACUUCAAUCUCUCAUCACUCUAAGGGUCAAAAUCAGGUAAAUUUCCCUAAUAGCCAGGAGAAUCCAGUAGAGAUUGAGGACAUAGAAGAGAUCUCAGACCCAGUGGAGGCAAUAGACAUUCAGGAAGAGACCCCAAUAGAAGUAGAAGAAGAAAUAAUUGAUGAUGAAUAA